AUGGAUUUUGUGAAUCACUUGAACGACAGACUGCUGUUUGCUGUGCCAAAGAAAGGUAGACUGUAUGAGAAGACGAAGCAGCUGCUGAACGGGUCGGACAUCAAGUUCAACCGUUCCAACAGACUGGACAUUGCGCUGUGCACUACGCUGCCAAUUGCGCUUAUCUUCCUUCCUGCAGCUGACAUCCCAACGUUUGUCGGCGAAGGUAAGUGUGACCUGGGUAUCACUGGUCUGGACCAAGUGAAGGAGUCUGGUAUUGAGGAGAUCGACCUGCUGAUGGACCUGGGCUUCGGAGGUUGCAAGCUUCAAGUGCAAGUGCCUGAGAAGGACCGCAAGUACACAGACCCCAAGCAAUUGGUCGGCAAGACCAUAGUCUCCAGUUUCGUCAAGCUGAGUCGCGACUACUUCCAGCAGUUGGAAGAAGAAGUCCUGGGCAAGCCAGUGGAUAAGCUAUCUACAAAGAUCAAAUACGUAGGUGGGUCCGUCGAGGCCUCGUGUGCCCUGGGCGUCGGUGACGCAAUUGUGGACCUGGUCGAGAGCGGUGAGACCAUGCGUGCUGCGGGACUGAUCGACAUAGCCACAGUGCUAGAGACAAGUGCAUACCUGAUCCAGGCAAGAAGACCACAGCAGGACAAGUCCAGAGAGGAGCUGAUCGAAGUGAUCAAGUCCCGUAUCCAAGGUGUGCUAACUGCGCAGAGAUACGUAUGCUGCUCCUAUAACACCCCAGAAGGAAACCUGAAAGAGCUACUGAAGGUCACCCCGGGCAGAAGAGCACCUACAAUCUCCAAGCUGGACGACGACGGAUGGGUAGCGGUGAACUCAAUGAUCGAACGUAAACGUAAAGCUGAUAUAAUGGACGAGUUGAAGCGCAAAGGUGCCUCCGACAUCAUGGUCUUCGAGAUUUCAAACUGUAGAGUCUAG